CAGGAGCACUGGGAGCUGAAUCAGCUUUCGUACAACAACAAGAAAUCUUAUUUACUCCCAUCAUUCUUCCAUCCCAGUGUUAGCAUUGUUCGGCUCAUCCAAGUCGACGCCGACACAUGCGAUAAGUUUUCUUUUCUUCUUCAGGAAGCUGAAAGAGAAGAAGAGCAUUCGCUGCUGCCGUUGGCUGUUGCUGUUCAGGUAGCUAUCAGGUUGUCACAUUCACAAUGACAGCACCAUGCAUCGGGUAUUCAGGUAGUGGGAUUAGUACUUCACCAGCCCACGGCUUCGGCACCCGCGAGCUGCCUAUAUAAGCGCAGGCUGCUCCUCGCACAACCGAUUCAGCUUUUCUCGUGAGAAACACUUCACACUUGCGCUUGGGCUGAGUAGUCCAGCUGCUAGUUGUUCAGUAGAAAUGGCGCCUCCUCGGGCCUCUGAAACGGGAGGGGUGUGGAGCCGGUACGCGCCGCACGUCCUGAUGGCCCUGACGCAGCUGUGCUACACGCUCAUGUACUUCAUCACCGAGGCCGCGUUCAACCGGGGGCUCAACCCCUACGUCUACGUAACCUACCGGCAUCUGCUCGUCGCCGUCCUCCUGUGGCCCUUCGCGUACUACCAUGAGAAGAAGUUGAGGCCUAAAAUGACAUUGAUGCUGUUCCUAGAGAUUUUUGUACUGUCACUUCUUGGGGUGAGCUUAACUCUGAACAUGUACUUCGCAAGCUUGAGGUACACAUCUCCAACGUUCGUCACUUCCAUGGUGAACACCAUCGCUACGAUUACGUUCGUCAUCGCCAUCAUCCUCAGGAUGGAGAUUGUCGAUGUCAAGAGCCUGAGAGGACUGGCAAAAAUUGCUGGGACGGUCGUGUCAUUUGUCGGGGUGACCACCAUGACUUUGUACAAGGGAGCGGCAAUAACCAGCCUCUGGAAGUCGCCUAUCCACAUACAAGGCGGCAGCGUUGCGCAUGAGGGCUGGAUGAAAGGUUCAGUCCUCGCAGUGGCCAGCUGCAUCUGCUGGUCAAUCUGGUACAUCAUGCAGGCGUCAUCUCUAAAGAGGUACCCAGCCCAGCUCUCGCUGACGGUAUGGAUGUCCAUGGUUGGGGGGAUACAAUCAACUGCUUUCACAGUGUUCAUGCAGCACAAGCCGGAAGACUGGCUUAUCGGCUUCGGGCUCAAGUUCUGGUGCAUCGUCUACUCGGGACUCGCCUGCAAUGGCUUCACAGUCUUCGUUCAGCUGUGGUGCACCGAGAAGAAAGGCCCCGUCUUUGUCACAAUGUUCAAUCCCCUCACGACGAUCAUGGUGGCCAUCCUGGCCUACUUCAUCUUCGGCGAAAACCUAUACGUUGGAAGCAUAAUCGGAGGGGUGGUGGUGAUUCUGGGCCUGUACAUGUUGCUGUGGGGCAAGGAGAAAGAUCAAGAACACGGCGCGAGCAAAGAGCAGGAGCCCGAGCUGGACUGCGAGAAGCAGGCCAAGGUAAGCGAUGACUAUGCGGUGCAGAACGAGACCGAAGCGCCAAAGACGAUUAAGUGAAGGGGUCAGAUGUUGCCCAUGAGCAGCAGCUAGCUUAAGCAUUCGGUUUCUGAUGUACAAUUUUUCUCCGAUUCUCGCCUCAGCUAUGCAACGCGGCAACAGAUGGUGUGGCAAACAUUUGUCGCAUGGAUCCCAUGGGUAUGCCGGAUUCAGAAGUCUGUGGUCGUGAAAUGGUGUGUACAAGGUUUUUUUUUUCACGAUGAAUUGAUGCAU